AUAGAAUAUAUUGAUAAAUUUAUCUAUCCAUCAAACUGGUAUUCAUAUUUAUUUUAUUUUGUUAUUGGAAUAACUCCAUUAAUCCAAUUAGUUAUUUCAUCAUCACCAAAUCUUUUCACAUUAAUACCAUUACUUGUUAUUACAAUUUUUUUAUUUGUUAAUAGAAGAACAUUAGCUUCAUUUAUGAUAAUAACUAUAUUAUUGUCUCUCAUAAGUUUAUUAUCAACUGUAGUAAUUAAACAAUCAAUAAUAGAAUUUCACCAAUUAAUUAAUACUAUAACAAAACUUGUUACUAAUUUGUCUGAAGAUUCUGUUAAUUUAAUUAUUUCUAGAGUUGAAGAAAGUUAUAGUGGACAAAUAAUAUUAGAAUACAUGGAUAAACUUGGUCUUAUGAAUUAUUUGUCUUUAAAAACAAUUAAACCUGCAGUAUUACAAGGACUAAAAUUAUUAAGUAGUCAGGUUCAACCAUAUUUUUUGAUCAAUUUAGCUUCUUCAGUAACAGAUAAUAUAUUUGCAUUUUUUAUAUUUAUCUACAGCUUAUUAUAUUUCUUAAUUUAUCAAAAUACUAUUCUAAAUGGUAUUUCUCAACUAAUUCCUUUUGACGUUGAGGUAGUUCAAAUAAUAAGAAAUGGAGUUGCAUCUACUUCCUUACGUUUGAUUCUAAUGAAUUCCUUAUUGUUCAUCUUUAAAUUUACAUUAACAUUUGUUACUUUUUCUUUGGCUCAUUUACCUUAUAAAAUGGUUUGUAGUAUAAUUUGUGCUUUGUUAGCAAUUUUACCAGCUUUUUCAAAUAUGAUUGUUUGGCUCCCUGCUGGUUUAGUAUUAUUUUUCCAAGGAAAUACUACAGGAAUGAUAUGGUUUAUUAGUGUUCAUGCAGUAACAUAUUUUAUUAUUGAUGGUUGGUUCUAUUCAUUUAUUCCAGAUAUUAUUCCAUAUUUUGUUGGUUUGAGUGUAGUGUUUGGAGUGUAUGUAUUUGGUAUUACUGGAUGUGUUUUAGGUCCAUUAGUAUUUGUUAUGACUAUGACAUUAAAAGAUAUUUUUAUUCUUCAAAAUCAACGUCUCAAACAAAAAAUAAAACAAGAUUAG